GGAUACAUAUUGGAAAUGCAUAGAGUACCUAACGGCAAAUACAACGCGAAAAAAGGCCCCAAGCCGGUUGUGCUCCUACAGCAUGGUGUCCUGUCGUCCUCUGCGGAAUGGGUGCUUAUGACCCCCGGGAAAGGUUUAGCAUACAUCUUAGCUGAAAUCGGAUAUGACGUCUGGAUGGGAAACGCUAGAGGAAACACGUAUUCUCGUCAUCACAAAUCCUUAGUGGCCACUUCCUCGGAGUUUUGGAAAUUCAGCUGGCACGAAAUAGGUUACUACGACCUGCCCGCAAUGAUAGAUUACGUCAUCAAAGAAACCGGUGCACCAAAAAUUCAGUAUAUUGGAUUCUCUCAGGGCACCACAGUGUUCUGGGUGAUGACGUCCACUCGGCCGGAAUACAACGACAAGGUUUCGGCUAUGCAAGCUUUAGCCCCGGUCGUGUAUCUACGAAACGUGAGGAGCCCUCUUGUGAAGGCCAUUGCUCCAUUUACGAACACUUUGGAAAUAAUAUUCAAGUUAUUGGGGAAAAACGAGCUAUUACCGAACGGCAAAAUUAACGAACUUGCCGGACAAACUGUAUGUGUUGAGGAAGCUAUCACGCAGUUCCUUUGUACGAAUCUACUGUUCUUGGUCUGUGGUUUCAAUGAGGAGCAAUUGAAUAAAACAAUGCUGCCAGUAGUGAUGGGCCACACACCAGCGGGCUCAUCCACAAGGCAAUUCGUACACUUCGGUCAGAUUUACAAAUCCGAUGAGUUCUUACAAUUCAAUCACGGGUGGAUAAAGAACAAAUUCGUUUACGGUACAUUUAGACCGCCCGCAUACAAUCUGAGCGCGAUUCGGACACCUGCAUUCCUUCACUACGCUGACAACGACUGGCUGUCGACACCGAAUGACGUACAUAGACUAUCAAGAUCCUUGAAAUCCGUCGUCGGCAAGUUCAGAGUACCCAUGCCAGAAUUCAAUCAUUUAGAUUUCGUUUUUGCCAUCAACGCAACGAAUUACAUAUACUCUAGAUUAAUAAACAUAAUGGAACAGUUCAAGUAG